GCAUUACUAGACCAUUGGUAAUAGUGGACAAUUCAGUUUGGUAAGAGCUUUCGUUGGCACAGCACCGCACAAGACGCUCGCCCGCAAAAGAAAGGAAUACGCGCCGUGAAAACUGAAAAAAUAAAAAAGAAUACACAAAAAAAGAUAUUUAAUUGCCAAGAAAAAAAAAAAGUUAAUUGAUUUUCUUUCAAAUCAAAAUAAUACAAUAAUAAUAAAAAAGAAGGUUACUCAUCAAUCCAUCCAUCUACCCAUCCAUCCAUUUAAAGGGAAAUCAAUGAUGUACCACCAUCAGCUAUUAAGCGAAAGUUUCUAAAAAACGAACGUGGAUCAGAUAACAAAUAAAACGCGUCAAUAGCGCACAAACGAAACGAAAGUCGCCAGAGAGGGAGGUGAGGACUUCAAACGACUGAAACAACAACAGAAAAGUAGCAGCCACAGCAUCACUAAUCAGAUAAUGAUCAAACACAAAACUCCAACGUUGGUCUUAGGACUAGCGCUUCUACUGUUCGCCGGCACAUCGCUGCCCCUGGCUGCAGCCCAAGAUGAUUCGUUGGCCGGUAGUUUUCUAUCCGGUCUGUUGGACACCAUUACCAGCACAGCAGAUUCUAAAGACUGUCCCGGUGUGUGUGUCCACACAUUGGCCACACUCAUCUGCUACGAGGUGUUGGAUGAUGUACCGUGUCCGUCGCCCAGCAUGAAAUGCUGCAUAGAAAGUGCGCCAGCAAAAAAUGUUACAUCUCUGUUGAGCAGUAGCAGCAGCAGCAGUAGCAGUACCACAACAACAACAACGACCACCAGUACGAAGCGGCCCACAACAGCAGCAACAAGUAAACCAAAGCCCAAGAUUACCACAACCACAACGACGCACAAACCAAAAACAACGCAGAAGAAACCCCCCACCACAACAGCAACAAAGGCGACAACCAAGAAACCUUCGGCAGCCAGCAGCAGCACGACAACAACAACAUCAGCUGCCACAAAGAAAACAGAUAAAGAUAAAAAGGCAGAUGAAAAGUCGGUGGAUAAAUGUAAGGGUGUGUGUGUUACGGAUCGCAUUGCAGAAUAUUGUGAAGCCUAUUUGACGAGUCCCGAUUGGUGCAAGGAGGGCACCAAAUGUUGUGUCUCUUUAGAUGACUAUGCCAAUACCAAAAUGCCAAAGGAUAUUUAUAUACCAGCCAAACACAUGGCCAAUUUGGGUAGCUCUCACAACAAAACAAAAGUUACUCCUACGACAAGUAAGACUAAAGUUGCCUCAACAUCAUCCUCAUCGACGACUACAACAUCAAGUACAUCGACGUCGACCACAACAACAACAUCCACCACUCCCGAGCCGGCUCGAACGAAAAUCAUUAGCAGCGGUUCUAGUCAAAAUAAACCGGUGAAGACGAAAAAACCUCAACCCACUCAGGCUACGACAACAACAACCACCGAAGACCCCACCGAAGAUGAGGAAGAAGAAGAAAACGACAACGAAGAGCAACAACAAGAUGACGAAGAGGCGGAUGCCAGCGAAAAGAAUGAAAAUACCAAUGGCCAGGUACUGAAGGAGUGUGAGGGUGAAUGUAUGAACGGCAUCUUGGCCAUUUUCUGUGAUGACAUCGAUGCCGAUGCUUUCUGUCCGAAUGAGGGCAGUUGUUGUAUUACCGGACAACCGGCCCCGCAAACAUCACCAGCCACCAAAACAAAUCCCACAAAGGCACCCAAUAAGGUUUCUUCCAAGCCAGCAUCGAAACCGGCCCAAAAACAACCACCACCUCCACCACCAGCUCAAUCGGGAGGAGGCGGCGGCAACGAUUUGUUCUCUCAAUUGAUUUCAUUUGCUGAGAAUACUCUGAGUGGGGCAGGUGGUGGCUCCCCAGCUCCGGCACCAACCUCCCAAGCCCCACCCAAAGUGCCACGUUGUCCCGGUUUCUGUUUGCUCAACAUAAUGGCCGCGUUCUGCGAAAGACCCUCAGUUUUGAUAUCAGGACCCACAACCUGUUCCAAGGGUUCCGUGUGCUGUGAUAAUUCACGAUCGGGCUCCCCUAAGCCACCACCACAAACCAGAUAUCCACCCACAACUGCAGCAGCCCCGCCACCCACACAACCACCCUAUGUGGUACCGAACACCCCCUUGCCAGAUCCCCGCGAAGAAUGUCCUGGCUCUUGUAUUGUCAGUUUGCUUAGUUUCACCUGCUUCAAAAAUGCCGAAAUGACAGAUCUGUUCAAAUGCAAACGGUCCGGCCAGACAUGUUGUGCUCCCAAGAGUAAGAUUUUGGAGAAACAACAAUUCCAAACACGCAACGAUACUGCCUAUGGACACUAUCAACCACUACCCCCACCGCCGCCACCUCAGUUGGGUGUCCAACAAUAUCCUCCCCAGUCGGUAUAUCCCCCACCGCCACCACCUGCCUACAUGCCAACACAACAGCCCCAGAUGCAUCAUCAUUAUGCACCCCAACCCCAGCCACCAAUGCAAAUGCAACCGCAUCCGCAGCCAAGUUAUGACUAUUCGGCCUAUGGACCAGGAAUACUUCCCCAUCAAGGUGGCAUACCACCCCAACUGCAACCACAACAUCAACAUUUGCCGCCACCACCACCACCCCCGCAACCAAUCAGCACCAUACCAACAACUACAACGACCACCACCACAACAACUACACCUCGACCCCAUGUCUAUUCGAAAUAUGUUUGCGGUGUUAAGGGCACUCUACGAACUGGUCGCUCCUCACCGGCCCUAUCACUGGUCUCCUACAUUCGUGCCAAAUACGGGGUGCAUCGUCAGUCGCGCCAGUUGAGCGAAAACUUCAUUAUGCCCAGCGGUAUGCAAAAGACCAACGAACGUUUAAUUCUCGGCUCCGACAUUGUGCCCAUACAGAUACACAAUGACAAAUUGGGUGAUUUGGUGCAGGAAGAUGUGGCCAAUUACAAUCAGGUACGGUCCUAUAACGACGAUUAUCAGGCUGCGGUAUUUGCCCAGAACUAUUUUGCCAACUACACGACAUCGGGUCGCCGUAGGGCUCGUGUUGUGGGCGGUGAAGAUGGUGACAAUGGCGAGUGGUGUUGGCAGGUAGCCCUAAUCAAUUCCAUGAAUCAGUAUUUGUGUGGUGCGGCUUUGAUUGGUACCCAAUGGGUUCUGACGGCGGCCCAUUGUGUGACGAAUAUUGUGCGUUCGGGUGAUGCCAUUUAUGUACGUGUUGGUGAUUAUGAUUUGACCCGCAAAUAUGGCAGCCCUGGUGCCCAAACUCUGCGCGUGGCCACCACUUAUAUCCAUCACAAUCACAAUAGCCAAACACUGGACAAUGAUAUUGCAUUGCUGAAACUGCAUGGUCAAGCUGAGUUGAGGGAUGGAGUCUGUUUGGUUUGUCUACCAGCCCGAGGUGUAAGUCAUGCUGCCGGUAAACGUUGCACCGUAACAGGUUAUGGUUACAUGGGAGAAGCUGGUCCAAUUCCGCUGCGUGUCCGUGAAGCCGAAAUCCCCAUUGUCAGUGAUACGGAAUGUAUACGCAAGGUGAACGCUGUCACUGAGAAAAUCUUCAUUCUGCCCGCCUCCAGUUUUUGUGCUGGCGGUGAAGAGGGCAACGAUGCUUGUCAGGGUGAUGGUGGCGGUCCAUUGGUGUGUCAAGAUGAUGGUUUCUAUGAACUGGCCGGUUUGGUGUCGUGGGGCUUUGGUUGUGGCCGUGUCGAUGUACCCGGUGUCUAUGUCAAAGUGUCAUCCUUUAUUGGUUGGAUCAAUCAAAUUAUUAGCGUCAAUAAUUUAUAGUUGCAUAAAAUUGAGUCUUAAUAGGAUCGUGCAAAAUAUUUUCAAAAUAAGUUUAGUUCGCUUAGUUGGCGUGCAAUUUUUACCCAGAUAAGAGGAGAUAAAAACACAAAAAGCGUAAAUAUUGAAUUAUUCUAUUCGUAAUGUACUCGCUGUGCGAUGCGUUGAGUAUUUUACGAAUAUAAAUGAUUCGAAUAGAGUUAUAAACAAAGCAUACACACACAAUAUAUGUUGAUUAUACAAAAAAAAAUACAUACAUGCCUAUGUAUUUGAAGAGUAUCGAACUUAUAUGUGAAUACAUAAAUAUAUAAGUACCAAAAGAUAAUAAGCAAUUACUACAUAUAUUUAUUUCAUUUUAAAUAAACGAAUACGACUGUUAUUUUUUAUUAUUAGUAAUUUUUUUAAUAUAACUACAUAAAUAUACAUAUAAAUUGUAUUUCUUUUCCUUUGCUUCAUUUAGUAUGCCUACAUAUACAUACACACACAUAUAUAUAUAUAUGUGGAUAAAUAUUACUAAUGUUAUUUUAAAUUAUGUAAUUUCUUUGAUUUAAGACUUCUAUUCAGAAAAUAACAAUAAAAUCAUUACAAUACCAACAAAGACAAUAAAUAUCUACACACAUAAAUUAUAAAAGGAACGAAAUUAUUUGUAUAUAUUUUAAGUAUAUUUUUUAUAAUAAAUGAUAAUAAAAAAUAAAA